AUGCAGUUUUGGAGGUCAAUGCUGUGGAAUACCGGCAUAGAGAAUGCCUCUAGUCAAAAAGUUAAAAUGGAUGCAUCGCCAGCGACGUCUCUCCUGCCACGUUCCCUCCUAUUCCCAAUUAGAAAUCGCAUAAGCAUCUUAUUAGAAAUCGCUAUAUUGCGUACUGCAGGGAAUUGUUAUUCUUUCCCACCGCCUUGGAAAAUAUCUUUAAAAGCUUUCAAAAACCCACCCUCCGUAAUUUAUACAUUCAAAUAUAUACAUUUCUCUGUCAGUCAAUUUCCAUCAUCUUCGCUAAUCCAACCCAAUCCAAUAACCUCUGAUUCAAUUGCUGUUCGUAAAACGAUGUCGGUCAAAACAGUGAAAGUGAGCAAUCUCUCGUCGGGUGCUUUUGAACAAGACAUCAAGGAGUUCUUUUCCUUUUCCGGGGAUAUUGAAUUUAUUGAAAUAAAAAGUGAGAAUGAGCGGUCUCAAACUGCAUUUGUAACUUUCAAGGAUCCUGAAGGUGCAGGGACUGCAGUUCUUUUAUCGGGAUCUACCAUUGUUGAUCAAUCAGUUGACAUAGCCCUCGCUCCAGAUUAUAUACUGCCAGCUACAGCAACAGCAUCCGCUGCGGAAAACAAGUAUGAAGGUAACACUGGAUCUGCAGUCCAAAAGGCGGAAGAUGUUGUCAGCAGCAUGCUGGCAAAGGGCUUUAUCUUGGGGAAGGAUGCGCUUAACAAGGCCAAGGAUUUUGAUGAGAAGCACCAGUUCACUUCCACUGCUUCAGCUAAAGUAGCUUCUCUGGACCAAAAGAUUGGAUUGAGUGAGAAUAUCAGCUUAGGGGCGACCAUGGUAAAUGAUAAAGCUAAGGAGAUGGACCAGAAGUUUCAGGUUUCUGAGAAGACAAAAUCAACUUUUACAGCAGCUGAGCAGACGGUUAGCAAUGCUGGUUCAACCAUCAUGAAGAACCGACAUAUUUUGACGGGGGUUUCGUGGGUUACAGGUGCUUUCAAUAGCGUCGCCAAAGCUGCUGGAGAAGUGGGGCAGAAGACGCAGGUAAAAAUGAUCGAGGAAGAACAGGGAAAGAACGCUGCUGAAGGUUCUGCCCAUGUUCAUACCUCUGACUCUCCGUCUGGAGAAGUGGGGCAGAAGACGGGGGAAAAAAUGAUCGAGGAAGAACAGGGAAAGAACGCCGCUGAAGGUUAUGCCCAUGUUCAUACCUCUGACUCUCCGUAA